AAAAUUGUGAACUUUACUAGUCAGACACAAGCUAGUUUCGUAAUAUACAACCAAGCGUUGAAUUGGGGGGGGAAGCUUUUAAUCCACCUAUUUAGAGCUUUUUGCAACGUUAUGUGGAUAAAAUGGAGCAAUUCCACCUUCUUGCAAGGCAAUACGGAAUUUUUCGAUUAGAUCUUAAAAGAGCGUUUUCUCUCAGGUACUUGACGUGGUGCAGAGCUCUGUUUCUGUAGCGUCUGUUCCACGUGCUUGAAGACAUAACACAAUUAUAUUUGAAUGGUUCUUUGUUUACUCGUUUUGAGGGUAACGCGCCUUCGUGCCCGCGCUCUUUAUUACACAGGUGCGCUCUCACAGAGGACACACAGCAGGUGAGGUCGAGUCCCACCAUCAAAACCGAAAUCAACAGCAAUAUUAACAGCUGGAUGAUAUGACUGACACGGCAGAGAGAACAGUCAAAAUGGAGGAUUUCUUCAAAACGGUGGGGGAGGUGAGAAGCCUUAUUGAAAAGAUCUCCAGUCAGGCUGAGGAAGUGGAAAAAAGACACAGCACCAUCCUUUGCUCUCCAAACCAAGACAAAAAUGAACUGGAGCUGCUAAACAAUGAGACCAAAAAAAAUGCCAACUUGGUCAGAGUCAAGUUAAAAUCAAUGCAGAUGGCCUGGCCAGCAGAGCAGAACAGUGCUAGUGCCUCAGUAAUCCAUCGUAUUCAGAAAAACCAGCACUCUCACCUGACUCGCUGGUUUGCUGAUGUCAUGAGGGGUUACCAUAAGGCACAAAUGUCCUUCAGAGACAAAUGCAAGGCACAAAUUCAGAGACAGCUGGUGAUUGUGGAUAAAGUUACUACAGAUGAAGAGCUGGAAGAAAUGCUGCACCGUGAUAAUCUUGCCAUCUUCAUUUCACAUGUGAACUCUAAUGCUCACAUUUCAACUCAGGCUCUGACUGAGAUUGAAAGACGUCACCAGGACAUCAUCUCCCUUGAAUCCAGCAUUAAAGAGCUGCAUGAAAUAUUUACUGACACAGCCAUGCUGUUAGAAAUUCAGGGAGAGUUAAUCAACAACAUUGAAAGGAAUGUCACAAGUGCUGUGGAGUAUGUAGAAAUGUCAAAGGAAGAAACAGAUAAAGCAGUCGCAUACAAGAAAAAUCCUUACAAGAUAGCAUCUCUACCAAACUUCUUCAAGCCUUUCAAGAAACAAACCAGUGCUAAAACUGCAUCUGAUCAAGACCGUUCUGACUUAAACCAAGGCGGAACUCCUGGACCUGUAUAAACACUGACUGCACCAUGAGUGCUGAUUAGCAUCAAAGCCUAUGCUCUUUGAGAAGCAUUUUCAUGGGAUUUAUUCUGCAUCCCAGAAUAAAUCAAAUGCAUCUAUUUUUGUUUUAAACUUCCAACUAAAAAUACCUUUCAAAUCAAAUUGAAAGAUGUUACUGACCAGCUUUGCAAGGAUACAGCUCUCUGAUGUUGUCUGUGGGCUGUUAAACCAACAAAUGCAGCAAAAAGACAUGCUACCACAAAAAAGAAACAAAAGCAGAACUUUCAACAUGUUGAAGUUUUAGUUUUCAUUAUGCUACUUUUAUUCAAGCCCAGACAGGGUUGAUAUGUCCAGUUCACUGCAAGCCACUAGGUGGCACUGUUAAACCGCAACACAAACCAGGACGGAUCUUCCCUUCUCCCUGUAGUUCUGCUGCAUCUGUAUUGUUGUUGUUGGGUUUUGUUUGUUUGUUUGUUUUGUUUGUUUUUUGUCUUUGAUAUUGUAACAUAAUAUGACACUCAGGAGUAGUAUUCAGUCAUGUUAAUCCCAAAAUAAACCUGUGUACUUAAUUAUU